AUGCGCAUAUCAGAACACCAAGAUUCCACCAAUGUACAUCAACUUAAAGAAGCAUGGGUGGUAGUGCAUCAAUCUGGUACCAAGUACUGUAGCAGCACGAUUCUCGUCCAUCCAUUACAGACACUGGAUGAUUUGCGAGACCGGAUUCUUCAAGAAUUUGCAACUGUUUUUCAAGAGCAAGCAUCCCCACAACUUAUUGUUCAAGACUCGAACGGCGAAGAGAUUCUUUCAGGCACACUGGUAUCGAAUAUGUGCAUUACAGACACGCAGCCAUUAAGAGUGACAGUUGCACAGGCCAUGCGAGCACCCGUAAUCAAGAACAGUUAUGGUGGAUGUAGGACCAGUAAGGGAUAUUUUUCAUGCAAGGCAUUUCUAGCGAGCAUAGCAGCAUCGCUUGAACUCAAAUAUGAGCUUGUGAAAUUAGUCGAGGAUCGAACAGCAACAUUUGUGGAUAUUCAAUGGAAUGUCAAGCAGGGCUUGGCAACAAGACGAAAAGGGACACUAGUGCCCUUGAACAAAGUGUUUGAUCAAAGAAAGCGUUCCCCAGAGAGAAAGAGUCCAUCGCCUGCUGCUGUGACUGAGACCAGUUUCUUACCCAAGUCUCAGUAUACUCCCAUCAGUCAUGCUGGACCAAGACCACCAGUCUCGACCAGAGAUUUUACUCCCCACAAGCUGCUCAAGGAAUUUAGUCGCUUAUCAAAGAGCCAGCUGAAUUCCAAUACUACAGAGGCUAGCUCCCUUGUCGACUCUGACCAUCCACUACCAUUGCUAGAUCUUGAUGUCCAUAACCAAAACCCAUUCAUCGAAUCUCUGUCUGUUUCCACCAUUAUUCAUGAAUCGGAGGAAGAUUCUACUUUGGAUAUGGAUCAUCUUGAAAGUGAUGGUUGCUACGAAAUUCAAAACGUUCAAGAUCAGGAUGAUCUUGGAAAUGAAUCCUAUCAAGUCGGCGAGACAUAUGAUGACUAUGAAUUGGAAGAAUUAGAUCGACCCAAGGAUGAGGAUACAGUUGGAUCAUUGCAGGACGAAGUUCCACCCACUCUCCUAGUUGAAGGUAUUGAGUUGGACAUUCGGCUAUCUGAAUCGCUUUCACAUGGUAACGACUUGGAUCUGGAAUCUCCUCCAAAUGCUCUGAAUCUACAAUUAGACAGCUCCAGUAAUGGCCAAGACUCUCCCAUCAGUGUGCCUCGUUCAUUUUCUACACCUAUUCCUGAAAUACCUCACUAUAGCUCUGCCAAGGGUUGCUUCUCUUUUGAUCCUGCUUUUAGCCCAGAUAUUCAGUCUAAUCCACAACUCAAUGCAGAAUGGCAUCGUAUUCUCGAUCUUGUAAACUCUAUUUCCGUAUAUUCAAAACAUACCAGUACAUUGUCAGUUUUGGAGUCUCUAUCUUCCUCUGAUGAUCUUUACAUAUCUUUGCGUCAAGUUUUGCUUGAGCUCAAAACCGUAAUGCGAGAUCAUGUUCAGCAAGAGUCUGAGAAACAAUCUCAAAUGACUGCCAAUCUAAACCAACUCGAACAAGAUAUAGCCAGUAUGACAAAAAACAAGGACCAGUCAAAGAUUGAUCUUGAUAUUAUCCUUCUUGAAAUUAAGCAAGAGCAAGCCCGUAUCUAUGAUACAGACAAAAAAAUCGACGAAUUGAAGCAGUUUGAAACCAAACUGAGAGCUGAUAUUCUUGCGCAUGAAAAUAUCUGCGAUGAUGUGUCUGCUCGCGAAAAAUUGCUACAGCUCCAGUGCGAUACAGCAAAAAGUGUUCAUGCCAAGGCCAACCUACCUAUUACGCUUUAUGAACGCCUUCAAGUGAUUAUGAAGGCGGUUUGUAAACACUGUUCCAUGUUGGCCAUUAUGUUCUUUUUUGUCGUAAUGGUCGAGGCCUGCGUUGUUUACUAUAUGUUCAAGUUGAGUGAUGGUCAUUUAAUAAGUCCAGAUUGCCAAAAGUUUAUUACUAAGCGUGUUUUUGAUAUUUAA